AUGGCAACCCUGAAAUUUCCCGAGCUUUCUGUCUACCGCUACUCAAGCAAUGAUCCAAGCAGGCGCUUUACGGUUACGAAUCCUGCCACAGGCAAGGUACUCACCACAGUCCAAGGCGGAGACCCCGCCACCAUCGACGCAGCCGUGCGCGCCUCGCAGGUAGCUUUCGAAAAGCGCUGGCGACCCUUAACUCACGCCCAGCGGUCGGCAUAUCUCCUCCGCUGUGCCGACGAGCUCGAGAAGCAUCUCGACGAACUCUCCACCAUGAUAUGCAUGGAGAACGGGAAGCCCUUCCUAGAUGCCAAGCAAUUCGACUGCGGCGUCCUCGUGCGAGCGUUCCGAUUUUACGGGAGCUUGGCGGACAAGUUGCCUUCCGCGUUCUACGAUAGGGGCCCCCUAUAUACGACUGUGAUCCACGAGCCAUACGGCGUGUGCGUUGGCAUUCUGCCCUUCAAUUGGCCGCCCAUCUUCGCGGGCAGCAAGCCGGCGCCUGCGCUUGCGGCGGGCAAUACGUUUAUCCUAAAGCCAGGCGAGCAGGCGCCGCUGACGGUGCUUCGGAUCGUUGAGAUCCUAGAGCCUAUCUUGCCGAAAGACGUACUGCUAGCCGUACCAGGGUUCGGGCCCGAGAUUCCGCAGACCUUAGUGGCGCACCCACUCGUCAAGAGGGUUACCUUCACAGGGUCGACAGCCGCUGGAGCAGCGGUAGCACGAACUGCUGCUGAUUCCAUCACGCCAGUAGCGCUUGAGCUAGGGGGUAAGAACGCGAUGACAGUUUUCGAAGACGCAGAUUUCGAUGCUGCGGUACGCACGGCGCUCGAAGGAGCCUUCUUUAAUAAGGGCGAGGCAUGCACUGCCAGCUCGCGCAUCCUCGUGCAACGUGGCAUCUACGACAAGUUUGUCGAGAAGUUGGCCGUCGGUGUGAAGAAGAUCAAGAUGGGCAAUGGUCUCGAUCCCACAACGCACGUUGGGCCGCAGAUAUCCAAGGUCGCACAGCAGCGCCUGCUGGAUUAUAUCGCCCUCGGAGUGAAAGAGGGUGCUAGGAUCGUCGCGCAGGCUGAGCUGCCUUCUGAUCCCGAGUGCAAAGACGGCUUCUUCAUCCCUGCGACUCUCUUCGCAGAUGUAACUGAGGAUAUGCGGAUCGCUAACGACGAGAUGUUCGGUGCCAUUGUGACCGUUACACCAUUCGACACUUUCGACGAUGCGGUUCGCAUCGCAAACUCGGUAGAGUACGGCCUAACGGCUGUCGUCUUUACCAAGGAUCAGGUGAAGGCGAAUCGCUACGUCCGUGCGGUCGAAACCGGAAUGGUUUGGGUAAACAACUAUAAUAGAAACGUGGUGGGCACACCGUUUGGUGGUGUGAAGCAUUCCGGCUACGGCAGAGAGCAUUGCAUAGAGACGUUGUACGAAUUCACUCAACCCAAGGCCGUACAUUCGCCUUCUGGCAUGGUUGAUAUUCCGGAGUGGCGUGGUGUGGUUGACAUUUUUGGACACAGUGGAAGUGAAGUUGUCUAA